AUGCUCCCGGUCAGCGUCGGCGUCGCGCUCGCCGCCGCCUCCACGUUGCGCUGGUCCUCGCUCGCCGUCGAGGCUGACGGGCAGCCGCUCCUGCAGCCGAUGCACAUUGAGGCUUCGCCCGGCCGGCUGCUCGGCAUUCUGGGCCCUUCGGGCGCGGGCAAGAGCACGCUGCUCGGGGCGCUCGCCGGCCGUGCGCGGCCGCGGCUGCGCGUCUCGGGCUCUCGCGACGCAGCGGUCCCGCCGGGCGGCGAGGUCGGCGUGCUCGACCAGUCGGACGCCUUCUUCGGCCUGCUGACGGUGCGAGAGACGCUGGAGCUCACCGCGAGUCUGGAGGGGGCGGAGGCCGAAGAGGUCGACCUCCUCCUCGCCUCGCUCGGUAUCGCGCCCGUGCAGCACUCGCGGGUCGGCGAUUCGCUGCGCCGCGGCAUCAGCGGCGGGGAGAAGCGGCGCCUCUCCCUCGGCUGCGCGCUGCUUGCGCACCCGCCGCUGCUCAUCGCCGACGAGCCGACCACCGGACUUGACUCGCACCAGGCCGCGCGCGCCGUGCGGCUGCUUCGCGAGGCGGCGGCCUCGCGCGGCAUCCCCGCCGUCGCCACGCUGCACCAGCCCCGCUCGAGCAUCUGGGCGACAACGGCGGCGCCCUCCUCCUCCCAGGCACGGCUCGUCUUCCUCGGCAAGAGAGAGGCGGCACUCGGCCACUUUGCGCGACUCGGCUACACCCGCCACCCCUGCCCGCACCACGUCAACCCGGCGGAGUUCCUCAUCGACCUCGUCUCGGUCGACCACGACUCGCCCGCCGCCGCAGCCGCCGACGAGGCGCGCAUCGACGCGCUCGCUCGCGCGUGGAGGCGGAGAGAGGGCGGCGGGAGGCAGGCAGAGGGCGGCGGGAGGCAGGCAGAGGGCGGCGGGCCGCGACCGCGACACCGGGCUACGGCGGCGGAGGGUGGCGGUGCCGGUGCCGGUGGCGCCGCCCCCGAGCGCAGGCGACGGCCGAGGCUGCUGCGGCGCCUGGCGCUGCUGCUGCGCCGCUCGUGGAGGCAGAACUGGCGCGAUCGGUGGGUGAACGGGCUGCGGCUCUGCGUGUCUGGAGGGCUUGCCCUCGUCUUUGGCGAGAUCUUCGGCCGCUUCGGUGCCCCUUCCGCCGCCCAGAUCGCCGAGCGUGUGGCGCUGCUCUCCUACGCGUCCAUCAACAUGUCGAUGAUGGCGAUGAUGAAGGCACGGGACCUCUUCGGCAGAGAGCGACGAGCACUGGACCUCUUCGGCAGAGAGCGCGUCGUCAUCGACCGCGAGCGCGCGCUGUACGGCGCCGCAAAGCACAACCUCCUCGCAAGGAUGGCGAGAUUAGGCGCCGCCGAGUACUUGCUCGCAAAGAUGGCGACCGAGCUCCCCCUCGACGCAGCCUUCGCCGGCGGCUUCGGCCUCCUCCUCCACUGGCGCAUCGGGCUGCGGCUGCCGCGCACGACGCUCGUCGGCACCGCACCGCACCUCGUAUCGCCCAUGAGAGCCACCACCCCCUGCACCCUCAGCCUGGCCGCCGCCACGUGCGCUGCGCUGGGGCUCGCCAUCGGGGCUCUCGCCCCCUCGGCCGACUUGGCGCUCGCUGCGGGCAUCCCGGUGAUGAUUGUGCACAUGGCGCUCCGCGCCGCCCACCCCGCCCCGCGCACAAGUGUGCCCAGCAUCUCUUCACGCGCUCUCGCGUGGGGGCAGGUGCUCGGCAUUCUCAACCCCGCCGGCACGGCAGAGACCAAGCCCCCUUCGGCCGCCGUCUCGCUCGCCUCGCACGCGUCGCCGAUCAAGUGGUCGAUCCGAGCGCUCUGCUGCGCCGAGCUGCGCGGGAUGGAACUCGAGCGGCGCGCUUUCAUUUGA